UCAUUCUCCAAUCUCCCCAUUUCAAAAUUUUACCCAAAAAAUUUCCACUUUUUUUCAGUUCGCGGGAACUCUGAAUUCGAAAACCCUAACCCAAAUUCUUACUAAAAUGAGAUUCGUCCCCAAAUUUCCAACCCCAUUCAUUCACCUUCUUCUUCCUUGUUCGAUUGUCGAAACCCCAACUCGAAGUUGCAGAGCAAAAUGGAUUCCCUCCAUGGCUUACCUCCUCUCAAAAGGCUCAGAAUCCUUCAAAAACAGGAAGAAAAUCGGCAAAACGAGGAUCAAUCGCUUGAUUCUUGUUCCCUCCCAGCGAAGAAGCGAAAGGAGUCUCGUGAUUCUUCAUUACUACUCAUCCCUGAGGCUUCUCCUUACUGCUUGCCCACCAAGAAACGAGUGUGGGCUCUUCACCCUGAUUUUCCCCCCGAGUCAUUGGAUCUCAAUGUUGAAUACAAGCCUUCUUUGGAGGAAGAAUCGAUAUCGAAAACAGAACUAGAGAUAGAGAAAAAGGAGAAGGAAGAGGAUAAGGAAAGGGAGGUUUCUGAUGUUGAAAUGGAGAUUCAAGCGACUGAAACAAUCCAAGAUGAAGAGGAAGAUGAUGGGAUUCUCUGUGCGAUUUGUCAAAGCACGGAUGGGGAUCCUUCAGAUCCAAUUGUGUUCUGCGAUGGAUGUGAUUUGAUGGUACACGCUUCAUGUUAUGGUAAUCCUCUUGUGAAGAAUGUACCAGAAGGAGAUUGGUUCUGUAUCCAAUGCUUAGCUUCUUCGUCUUCCAAAACAGAGAAGAAGGUUUCAGAAACUCCAUUUUCAUGCUGUCUCUGUCCUCUGAAAGGAGGGGCUAUGAAGCCGACGAACGAUGGUCGAUGGGCUCAUAUUGUUUGUGGGCUCUAUGUUCCUGAGGUGUUCUUUGAGGACCCAGAUGGGAGAGAAAGGAUUGAUUGCUCGAAGAUUUUGAAGAGGAGAUGGAAUUCCAAAUGUUAUAUCUGCAAAACUUCUAGAGGUUGUGCUAUUGACUGCUCAGAGCCUAAAUGCAGUUUGGCUUUUCAUGUUACUUGUGGGUUGAAGGAGGAUCUUUGUAUUGAAUAUCAAGAAGGAAGAAGAUCUGGUGCUAUUGUAGCUGGGUUCUGCAGAAACCAUACAGACUUGUGGAAGAAGCAACAACUAACAGGGAAAUUCAAGAUUGUGGCUAGAGAUGAAGGUAAGUUGUAGUUGCUGCACAUAGCUGCUGAGAAAUCAGCAAAUCAGCUUGCUCUAAAUUUAGGAUUCAAUGUUUAGAUAAUUAUUUCAGUUAAUGUUUUCUGUCUGUGUAAUUUUGUUGUUAGAAGUAAUAAACUAGUAUUGUAAUUCCUUUUAUCAUAGAAUCCCUAUCAGGAGUUGUUGAAUAGUUGGGUCAAAUCAAUAUGAUUGUUGUAGAA